AUGUCUGGAACCAGCUCCUACACGCUCAAUUCCGGCGCAACCAUCCCGAAAGUCGGCCUUGGGGUCUACGACAUUCCAAUUGAGACGACCGAACUAGUGGUUUACGAAGCCCUCAAGGCAGGAUACCGACACGUGGACUCUGCUGCCACUUAUGACAACGAGGAGCAGGCUGCCAAUGGAAUUGCCAGGUGGCUGGCCGAGAACCCGACCCACAAAAGAAGCGAGAUCUUCUACACCACCAAGGUCUUUGACGACCAUCACGGCUACGAGCUGACCAGACAGUCUGUUGAGGAGUCGCUUGAAAAGGCGGCCAAAAUCGGCUACAUUGACCUCGUCCUCGUCCACUCGCCAAGAUCGGACUACAACAUGCGCCACGGCACCUGGAAUGCGCUCCAGGAGUUUGCGGCCAGCGGAAAAGUCAAAAAUAUUGGUGUUUCUAAUUAUGGCAUCAAACAUCUCAGGGAGCUUCUGGCCUACCCGGACCUCAAAAUAAAGCCCGCUGUCAACCAGAUUGAGCUCCAUCCGUGGCUUCUGCGCCCGCGAUUGGUGAACUAUUGCAAGAGAAACAAUAUUGUUGUCGAGGCCUACUCUCCUUUGGCCAAGGGAUACAAAUUCGACGAUCCCGACCUGCUGGCCGUGGCUCGGAGACACCGAAAAACGCCUAGCCAGAUUUUGAUCGCCUGGUCCCUGCAAAAGGGCUAUGUCGUGCUGCCAAAAACAGAAAAGGUAGCCCGACUAAAGCCCAAUCUUGAUGUUUUCGACAUCAGGCUGUCAGCAGACGACCUGAAACGGCUAGAAAAACCUGGCGAGCACUUCAACACAGGCUGGGACCCUACGGUGUACCCGCUGGACAACGAGAAAUAG